CCUCUUGAGUGACGUAGUAAUUGCACCUGUUAUUAAAUCGCUGAGUCAGGAUGUAAUGGCUGGAUGUUUUUCUUCUGUGACGUCUUGCUUUGUUUCUUCUCCCAACAGGACAGUUAUCCUGCCAGAUUUGGAGGAAUCCACUUUGUGAAUCAGCCGUGGUACAUCCACGCUCUCUACACCGUGAUACGACCCUUCCUCAAAGACAAGACCAGGAAGAGGAUCUUCAUGCACGGGAACAACCUGAACAGCCUCCACCUGCUCAUCCAUCCGGAGAUCCUGCCCUCGGAGCUGGGGGGGAUGAUGCCUCCGUACGAUAUGGGCACGUGGGCGCGGGCGCUGCUGGACCACGCCUACGACGAGGAUACCGACCACGAGUCCUACACCCUGUCAGUGCAGGACCUGGAGCGGGACCUGGAGAAGAACCUGUCCCCCAAAACCAUGAAGAGGUCUCAGUCUGUGGUGGAGCCGGGCGUCCUGAAGCGACCGGACAAAGUGAAAAGUGACGAGGACAACAUGCAGCCGCUGCUCUCGCUGGACUAAUCCACACACUCACACUCGGAAGCAUAAUCAAUAUCUACACACACAAACAAACACACCUGCUGCAAGCAAACACCUUCCUGCAAGAGAAAAAACGCUGCUGCUUCUGGACUCUUGUUUCUCUCCUGAACUGGAGGAAAAACCCACGAGAGGAAGCAGAAAGGGACGCUAGGGACGGUUCCUCACACAGAAGGACGAGCUACUGUUGUGGGCUCUAUAUUUAUUUAUUUAUUAAAUUAUUUGUCAAGUGCCAAUUCCAAAAGAAACUGUAAAUGUGAACGAUCCAGCCGCUCAGUGUGGAGACGAAGAGGAAGUUGAGAAGAUGUCAGAAAUGUGUUAAAACAUGGCUGACGAGUGAAAAACUGGAAACAAUACUUCACACAGUUCCCGAGCUGCAGUCUUUUAGUUUUUUUGGUGCAAUCAUUUGGAGAAGCACGGCUCAGGAUUAGUGUCGAUAAUGAGCUUGUUCAACCUCCUGGACACAAAACUGGCAGACAGGCAGGCGCUGGGUUUUACUCUGAGAUUACUGGGAGGUUAUGGGCGACUUUGCUGUGAAAAUAACAUCUGAAAUGGCGUUAUCUCGUAGAAAAGCAAACCCCCCUUUACGGUAAGAGCUGUCUUUAUAAAUUAUGUGUUUUUCUCCUCUUUUUCUGAUCCAUAUGUCACAGAAUUCUGUAUUUAUUCUGCCAUAACUAACACAAACUGGACUCCCAUCAUCUUCUUUGGCUGAAGAUGACCAAAAGAUGUAUUUUAAGGAUUUAAUAUUAAGGAUAGUCUUGUAAAAUCAGAGAGGUCAAACAUACCACCCUCUCCGUUGACACUCUUGAUGCCAAUAAUGAUCUUACAUAACCACAGUCUCUGUUUUUAAACACGUCAGUAUUAUAAGAUUUAAAGACGCAUUUUCUGCAUGUUUUACUUAAAAAUUGCACAUAUUUAUUUGCAUUAUUUCAGUACAUUAUUGGUGUUUUUUUAAUCAGUAUCAGUUUAGACUCCUUAAUUACUUCCACUUAUGAGCUUUCAAUCACAUUUCACAUCCAACUAUUAAUUAACAGGUUUGAUUGAACAUUAAUGUGCUAUCAUGUGAAAACAAACUUCACUAAUUCAAAUGUGUUGCCCUUUCUUGUCAGUAACUCUACGGGGCGUUGAGGGUUAUGACCAGUAAAGUAUUUUUUACGUAACAGGCGAAAAGACUGCUAGCUAUCAAAGAAUGACAUAAAAACAGUAAAGAAUGAGAAAUAUGACAUAAAAAAUGGCUUUAGAAAUAAAUAAAGUACUCUACAGAUUUGUUUUUCACCUCGAGGAUACACACAUUCAUAUAUACAUUUGUUAAAAAACACUAAACAUACUUCUCUCUUUGUGGUUAUAAGAAAAAACCCAACUGGCACCUUUAAGUCUCAAUUGUCCAAUAGCACUUGAACGCACCUGACCUGCAGACUUGUUUACAAGCUGAGAAAACACAGAGUUAUAAAUGACCGGUAUAAAUUGCCAGUCGUGUGCUUUAAGUCAUUUGCAGUAAAUAGUCAAGUUUUUCCUCAAAAGUAUUAUUUUACAUAUUUAUAUUACAAUAUUUUAAUGUAGUUACAUAUUUUCAUUUACAUUCUGCACUUGGACGAGCUUCCACUGCAGUGAAAACACCACCAAAUGUAUUUAUGUUUGCUCCACCAUUUCUUAUGCUACACUGACUUCCAAAAAUAUAUUUCUUCAUAUGAAACUGGCACCAGCUGAAGGUUACUGUACUUUAGGCUCUUUCAAUUAAGCAACUCCAGUCACAUUGCACGAGGAAUGACACCCGAAUGCGACUGAGGAAAAGCCAGUCGGGCUGCGGGCAGGCAGGAAGUGUGAGGCGACUGCAACCAGAGCAGACAGCUGGAAUGUAAAGCUAUCACACAGCGAGCAGGACAUGUCACCCUCACUCACAACAGCUCAGAGGCUUUAACUGUGCAGAGAGAGAGAGACUGCUGCAGCCUCGCUGUGAUCCCAGCGCCGCGGAAAUCAGGCCGAGAUAACAAUCUGACACGUGUAACGGGGUUGUUUUAUUUAACAUGUGGUCAGUCAGCGCUCUGAGAGCAGACCAAACCUGUACUGAAAGCUCUAUUGUCUCACAGGAAAAGCGCUAUGUAAGGUUAAAUUCCCUUAUUACAGGAUUACAAGAGCGGUGCGGUGGUGACUCGUUGUGGCAUUGCAAGGACUCCCUCGACUAAAAGAAAUGGGAUGUUUACACUUGAUUUUAGAUUAUUGCAACAACAACAAAAAAGCUCUGUGGCAAACUCACAUUUGUGAUACUUCAGCAGGAUGAUUUCCACCUAUCAAGACAAUGUUAUAAUAAGUAAAGUGUGAAUGCAAUUGCUAAAAGUAAAAAGCUAAUGUGAGGCUAUUCUUUCACACACAGUGACGUCACGAGCUACCCACAAUGCAACGAGCGCCAUAUAUAUAUAAAUACGCCAUUUUCCUGGAGGUGCUAAUAUCCUGGAGGUGCUAAUAUA